AUGCCCGCCCCGACAGCAGAAAUGGGGCCCUCUGACGAUUCUUUCGAAGAGGAUCCCGUCAUCGCAUCCUAUGACGUCUUCUUCAACCCCUCCCUCCCCCAGGGCCGCAAGCUCUGGGUCCUCCAGCAACCCAACCGCACCGACCCCCGCCAGGCCACGCCUACCGAGAUGCGCCUCAAGGCUCGCGCCGGAAUGGUCGAAGUUGAUGUACCACUCGAUUACACUCAGUCUUACGACAAGGAAAAGGGCAUGAAGUGGGGCCGUCAGCUCAAGGCCAGUCUCGAGUCCAAGAACGGCGGUACUCACGGCUUGUCGGGUGGCUUCGGCGUCGGCGCACCGCCGCCCCGGCCCAAGAAGCGCGGCGAGAUCGACCUCGAGGACGAAAUGUACCUCGAGUGGCCCGAAGCCGUGCGCCAGGACAAGGUCCUCCGUACGCAGACCCUAGGCGGCCAAUGUCCCGAUCACAAGGAAGUGCAAUACAUGAUUGGCGUCUUCCAAGGCAAGGACCUUCACCUUACCCCGGUCACCAACCUCGUCCACCUCCGUCCCCAGCUCCACCACGUUGACGCAGUAGCCCAACAAGACCGCAACGCCUCUGCCGCAGCUGCCGCAAAGGAUAACGCCGCUGCCGCUGCCGGCGCAGGAGCAGGUGCCUCGGGAGCUGGAGGCCAGGGUGCCGCAGCGCGAGCGAUCCACAUGACCAUUAAGACGACGCCCGACGGCGCGACGGCGAAGAGCGAGACCAUGGCGGACCGUUUGCGUGCGGUCCAGAUCGAGCCGUGGCGCAAGCUCAAGUACACGGACGAGAACGACGAGGCUGCUUGGGAUAUCUACCAGGAGUCUCUCAUCCUCCGUGCGCCUGGCGACAACAGGCCGCCACCACCUACUGAUGAGGAGGAUGAGGAAAAGAAGAAGGCUGCAAUUGAGGCGGGCGAGGCCGAGACGAAACCAGCGAUUGAUUUGGCGGAAGCGGUUUCGAGACUAGAGACGAAAUGGGGUGACGAUGAGCUGCUGGAGGCCGUCAGUGGUAUCAAGAAGCCGAAGCCUUUGACGAAGGCAGAGCAGGAGGCCGAGGCGGCUGCGGCAGCCUUCGCCGAAGAAGAAGCAAGGAAGAUGAAAGCCAAGGCUCGUGGUGUGGUAGGACCGAGAAGAGGCGGCAAGGCCAGGGCGGCACCUGCUCAGGCAUCUUCUGGCAUGGACCUAACAUGA